GCUCGAAUGUAGUAGAAGUAGGAGGAGAAGAAGAAGCACUCAAAACGCCGUCAAAACAAAACGUAACAAAAAGUGCGUAAUCAAAACGAAAAGGGCCCCUUCUAGCUUCGAGUUCUCUUUAUGCUCUAUCGAUAUCUUUGAACUGGCUGAAGCACAGUUAAGUGACCGACGGGAUGGUCAUCGUGAGUUUGUGUGAGAGUAAUUGAAGAAAACUAGCUCCAGUGGCAGUGGUAUUAAUGGUGUCAGUGAAUGAGGGCAAUGUCAGUGCGAUGGAUAUUUCUCAACUCUAGGUUGUAUCCUAGUGAAUCAUGCGCAAUUUUUUAAGUUUAUCUGGUCACAUGGAAUACGUUGUGGUAAGCCUGACGACGUUCAACUACAACUUCGACACAGCUAAAACGGUGAUUUAGCGAUAAAACAGCGUCUCCAGACGGUUGAAUGUGUGAAAAAGACACACAAAGAACGGCAGAACAUGUGUGACCGGAUAGCCCCAGUCAGAGAGCGUAAGCGUAAGGCAGUCAUCAGGAAGCGAACGGCAAGUGAAGGAAAAGUCGUUCAUUAUUCAGUACAGCUGAGUGCUUCAACCAGUCCGGUCGGACCAAACAACAAGUGCUUUCGGAGUAAAAAGCAGUGUUGAGUGAAAGAAAGACGUUCGUGAGUCAACUCUCACCGGAGAGUUGGUGUGAUCGGAGACAAAGCGUGAACUUGCUUGUACCAACCAACCAACCAAUAAAUUUGUACUCGAACAAAUAGUGGAGGGUGAUCGAGAAACCGUUUUACCUUGAUUGGUGUUAGUAGCGAGGGAUUCAUUCAUAGGCUGGCAGCAUAAAGCACUAUUCACGCGUGGAUGGUUGUAAGCUAACCGUGGUUCAACGUGCUUGCGCAUCAGCAUCCACAUGACGCAUUUGGCGAAGCUACGUCUACUGCUGGUAGGCUUGUUAUUCUACUCACACCUAUCGACGACCGCCGCGGCGUAUCGAAUCGGUGUGGGACGAGCGGAUUGUACUGGACCACCUGUCGAGAUUGGUUUCAUGGGCUAUGCGGAAUUCUCUCAGCGAGGUCAUGGCAUUCACCUGCGUCAGUUCUCCCGAGCCUUCAUUAUUGAGGAUGAACUCGGUGAAAGGGUGGUGUUCGCUAGUGCCGACGCGGGAAUGAUGGGGCACGCAGUCAAGCGAGACGUUGUAGAUUUGCUGCAGCAAAAGUACGGUGAUUUGUACCGGUUUGAAAAUGUGGUUCUUAGCGGUACGCACAGUCAUAGUGUGCCGUCCGGCUUUUUGAUGUCGUUCCUGUAUGACAUAGCGUCGCUUGGUUUCGUGCCGCAGAAUUUUAAUGCCUUGGUCGAAGGUAUUACGCUAAGUAUCGUAAGAGCACAUGAAAACAUGCGUGAAGGACGCAUUUUCGUUUCGAACACGGAAGUACAGGAUGCUAAUAUCAACCGAAGUCCCAGUGCGUACGAGAAUAAUCCGAAAGAGGAACGAGCCCUCUAUAAUGAUAACACCGAUAAAAAGUUGGUCCAGCUACGGCUAGUUGACACCAGCGGAAAGCUUAUGGGAGCGAUCAACUGGUUCGCUGUCCAUCCGACGUCGAUGAACAAAACGAAUUGUUACGUUUCGAGUGAUAACGUAGGCUACGCGUCGAUCCUGCUGGAGCAGGAAAUGAACCCGGACAGUUUGCCCGGGCAGGGUGACUUUGUGGGUGCUGUGGCUGCUAGUAAUUUGGGUGACGUGUCGCCCAAUGUGAUGGGACCCAAGUGUGAGAAAACGGGACUGCCAUGUGAUUUGCUAACGUCUUCCUGUCCCAGCGGGGCCGGAGUGUGUAUCGCUUCCGGGCCCGGUAGUGAUAUGUUUGCGAGUACGAAACUGAUUGCACAAAGGAUCCAUUCAGCUGCGUCGAAACUGCUCAAAUCCACCGAUGGCAUCGAGAUCCGGGGUCCGAUCGCCUACGCACACCAGUUCAUUGACAUGACAAAGGCGGUCGUGCCGUACCACAAUCGCACUACGGACCAGGUAGAGGAAGUCCAUGGCUGCUACCCGGCCAUGGGUUAUAGUUUUGCCGCUGGAACGACGGACGGAUCGGGUGCAUUCGAUUUCCGGCAAGCCAUGCUCACGGAUACGACAUUCUGGAACACGGCGCGAGAUUUCAUUGCCGUUCCGACGGCCGAGGACAUCGAGUGUCAGGCACCGAAGCCGAUUCUGGUCGCCAGUGGACGUACGACUUUUUCGUACGAAACGCAACCGAAAAUUGUACCGGCACAGAUACUGUCGCUGGGGCAUUUUGUAAUCGCGGCUGUUCCAGCUGAGUUUACGACCAUGUCUGGCAGGCGAUUGCGUAAGGUAAUCGAAGAUGCUGCGGUUGAAGCCGGCGGCAAGAAGGUUCAGGUUGUAGUAGCUGGUUUGUCCAAUAUGUACACGAGCUACGUUGCCACUCCGGAGGAGUACGCGAUUCAGCGGUACGAAGGUGCAUCCACUUUGUAUGGUCCACACACGUUGACGAUUUAUUUGGAGCAUUUCAAGAAGCUGAUGACAUCAAUCGUCACAGGAGAAAGUGUUCCCGAAGGACCUGAUCCACCGUUUGAGGAUUAUAAACAGAUCACACUGUCCACCGGUGUUGUGUUCGAUGGGCAUCCAUUCCGAAUGUAUUUUGGCGAUGUUCAAAUUCAACCUGAGGAAAGUUACAAGAAAGGGGACACAGUCAAAGCAUUAUUUGUGGCAGGUAACCCACGAAACAAUCUGAUGCAUGAAAAGACUUACCUAACUGUAGAAAAGCAAAUCGACGAAGAUGAGUGGAAGGUGAUAGCGACGGAUGCUAGUUGGGAGACAAAGUUCAGGUGGAUUCGGAAAUCUACGCUGUUCGCGUACAGUGACAUAGAGGUUGAAUGGCAGACUGGACCCGAGCCUGAGGAGGGUGUGUACAGAAUACAGCAUUUCGGUUAUUGGAGGUAUAUUUUAGGGGGCACAUAUCCUUACAAUGGUACUACUAGACAUUUUAGCAUUUUAUAGAGAUGAGAUUAUUCAUUUGUAUUGUGGAUUGUGAUACAAAUAAAGGAACACAAACUAGUCAAGCAGAA